AUGGCAACCGAACCAAAAGCCACCCUGAAGGAAGUGCUGACCUACUGGUUUGGAGUAUUCCCGGCAGAAGCUGAAGAGAAAGAGAAAUGGCGCGGAGGGCUCUGGUUCCGUGGGUUGGACCCCAAGAUUGCCAAAGCGCAUCCUACCGAAGAAGGUGCGGCCAUCCACCAACGAACCGACAAGUACAUUGCCGACCGAUUCGGUCCUCUCUUUGAUGACGAAAAGGAGAACAUCGCACUACAACAUGAUGUUGAUGCCCGCGUGGCCAAAGUGGUUCUCUGGGACCAGCUCGCCCGCAAUGCCUUUCGUGGAACACCCAGAGCAUUUGCCUACGACGCCUUGGCACAGCCACUGGCCUUGAGCAUCUUGCAAGAUCCAGCCAAUCAAGAGCAUUUGGAAAUCAACUGGAACCACACCUUGUUCUUGUGCAUUGCAUUGAUGCAUGCCGAAAAGGUGGAACACACCCAAACCGGACUGCAUUUCUUGGAAGACACCCAGAAAAAGCUCUUGUGCGCCAAGAAGGACGAGCUGGCCAAUCGCCUCCGGCCCAUUCUCAAAAAUUUCUUGUCUCAUUUGAACGUCAUUCUGCGGUUCGGGCGGUAUCCGUCGCGAAACGCAGCCCUUGGGCGGACCAGCACACCGGAAGAAUUGGACUAUUUGACAACGGAAAAGCUGCCUCGUUGGGCCAAGAGCCAACAACCACACAACAACAACAAAGACGCGACAACACCAACAACUGACGCAAAAUCCAAGGCUGUUGGCGAUGACGGCAGCCCAACCAAAAAGACGAAACCCCUCCGUCUCUUGGUGUUGCAUGGCAAUCGAGCCAAUUUGCGCAAGUUCAAAUCGAGAGUGAAGGAUACACUCAAGGGUAUCUCCUCGGCAGAUCAGCCCGUUCAGUUGGAAUACAUUAAAGCUCCGAAUCUGUAUCAUUCUCAAGAUACCGAGGAGAAGCGAUACCUGGAGGGCGCUUUGGACCAACCGGAACAAACAAUGGGCGACAAUCGCUGUUGGUGGUACAUGAAUGAUCAGGGACAUCACGUUGGCUUGGAAAAGAGCAUUCAGGCCGUGGAGGAUUGGAUCGAGGAAACGGGUCCAUACGAUGGCGUGCUUGGGUUCGCUCAGGGUGCUUGUAUGGCGGCUGUCUUGGCGGCAUUACAGCAUGGAGGGCGCCUCCGAAUCCAAGGAGGGCAUCUUCGAUUUGUCAUUUGCAUAUCUGGAUUCUACUGUCGCGAUGUCCGCGAGGAGUUUUCAACGCUGCAUGCUUCCCUUUCUUCGGAGGGAGACCUUCACACUCCAGAAACCGUCCAGGCCCGCUCCGACAAGGUCAGCAUUCCAUCCUUUCACACCUGGGGUCUCAAGGACUCUCUGAUUGAUGGCUGGCGCAGUGAGAUGCUGUCCCAAGCCUUCGAGGAGCCAACCGUGGAACCCCACCCGGGAGAACACAUGGCUCGCGGUAUUGAGCAUUGGCCCGUUGCUUCCAUGCGUCAGUGGUUGGCUUCUCUCCAGCUGGAAGAAGGCAGCGGAGGAACGGAAGCAAAAGAUACCUCGCCUCUUGACAGCUUUGCCGACAAAUUCUUUGCAUUCAAGAAAGCAGUCCAACCGACGGGCCGUGAUGUCGUUGCAAUCAAUCGCCCACUGCGACUCCAUAACCAGGAGCGUAUCAUGGCUGAUCCUAUCUGGAGCGAAUUGCCGGAAUCGGUUUCGGAAGUAUCGUAUGAUCAGCUGGCCGUGUUUGUUCCCCGGUUGUUGUCUUUGGGUGUGGGCGAUCACAGCCAGAAAGACGGCAACACUCUUGACUGGAAGCAACUCGUGGAUGAUGCCAUGAUUGCCGCAUGGUGUUUCUAUCCGUUCAAUGCGGAAUGCAAGUGGAGGAAUUGCAAAGGCUGGAACAAGUCAGGCUUGGCCUUUUGCUGGAUGUUGCGGCUGCUGUUUGAGCAAGUCAUGAGCGAAGAAGCGCACGCUUACCUCUUGGAUUUCCACCUCCCGUGGAUCUCUCGAUAUUCGGACUCAUGGGAGUCGUUGGUCCGCGUGGACAUGAUCUUCACAUUAGGCACCUCCGAAAAGACAUCGGAUCCGCCGCCCAAGCACAUCCUCCCGGCUUCGGAAUAUGCAGCCUCUAUUCAUUCCACCAUUGCCGAAAUCUUUGCAGAACGACUCGCUGAUGAUUUCCGCAAGGUUAUAGAGGCCAAGGAAGCAUACGACGCCUUACAGGGGACUGGCUCCCUGGAGGCCAAUGACAGCGAAGCUCUUGCUAAAAUGAAGCUCUAUCACGCUCCAAGUCUCCCUUCCAAUUGCGCAGACACGGCACCACGACGACGAGGCACCACUCAAAGGGCUGCGAAGUUGGCUGAUUUGGUAGCUGAUGCCCUCACCGCCAAAUCAAAGGAGGCACGGGAGAGCUUCCCUCGAGGCUCCGCCAGAAACCGCUACCGGUUCGUUCUCCAGCAAAUCGUUGGAUUUACAAAAGAAUACGCAGCGGCAUUGGCAGACACCGGGAGCAGCCGAGACUUGUUCCGCAUGUCCGACAGACAGUGGGAUGAAGCGUUCCAUCGGCCUUUCUCCGCGGCCGUCUUGCAGCCCACACCCGAGCCGGUAGAUAUCGCAACCGAAGAACAAAUGGCGCCACUCCACGUAUUCUUGAGGGAGCGCCCGGGUUCCCUUGGACAGACAGAGAUGACAUUUGAACGCGGAACCCUACUGGAUGAUGGGCGGCUGGAUCUUUGCAAACAGGUCAUUGGCCCUCAAGGAGUCAAACCUCUCUUUGAGAGCCUCAUGCAUGACGACAAUGGCCUGGUGCAGCACUUGCUUUUGGGCAAUAACGUCGCCGGCGACGACUUGGGACGUGCUGUUGGCGAAUACAUCCGUUCCGGCCAGUCCAAGCUGACCACUUGGUACAUUGCUGGAAAUCGCAUGACCAAGGAUGGGAUCACUCCAGUUUGCGAGGCAUUGUGCGACGAUUCCCAGGUGCUGCAGCUGUGGCUGAAACGAAAUCCCUUGCUUUCGAUCUCCAUGGGACCCGUGGCGUCCCUCCUGCGUAGCAAUUCAUAUCUGCAAGUCUUGGACUUGACCAACACUGGUAUUCUGGAUGAGGGGUGUGCCGCCGUGAUGGGUGCUUUGGCUGUGAAUUCCGCGCUUGAGUAUCUGUAUCUCGCUACGAAUGGGAUCACUCGCGUGGGUGUGGAGGCGAUUCGAAACUAUUUUGAAACGACCAAGCACAAAUCCCUGAAAGGUCUUGGCCUCGGGUGCAAUCGAAUCGGAGACGAAGGAACCAAGGAGCUCGUUGAAGGAUUGAAAGCCUAUGGAGUCUUGAAACGGCUGGACCUAGCGAGUUGCGGAAUCGGAGAAGGAGGCGCCGAGUGUUUGGCGGGCUUAUUGGCGUCGCCCCAGGGAGCCGGGCUUCGUUCCCUGGAUCUUGGGGCCCACCAGAGCACUUUUGCUGUUGGUGAAGUGCCCAAUCGCAUCAAAACUAAGGGAGCAUUGGCGCUUGCACGGGCGCUCCGAUCUAACACCUCUCUCGAGGCACUCAACGUUUCCAACAACGAUAUUUACAACGAUGGGUUUCUUGCUUUUGAGGAGGCGCUUCGUUCCAACCACGAGAAGAGUGCCCUGCGACACUUGGUCUUGCACCAACCUGGAAUUCCAGUCAACGAGUUAGUGUUAGAAAAGAUCCGGUUCUACGUCAAAGCGAAGGCCGUGGCGUGGCAAAAGAAGCGAGAAUUGGUGCAGGAUGAGGAUUUCGUUGACCCUACGCACUUGGAUGAUAUCCAGUCGGUCUAUCGUGUUGGUGCAAAGUAUGAUAAGUAA